UCAAGAUGGCGGCGCCCAUGGAACAUUUUGUGCCGCUAGUUGUCUUCGUUUCAACACUGAAAGUUCUCCUUAUUCCAGCAUAUCGAUCUACUGAUUUUGAAGUUCACAGAAAUUGGUUGGCUAUCACACACUCAUUACCCAUCUCUAAGUGGUAUUUUGAGGACACAUCCGAAUGGACUCUAGACUAUCCACCUUUUUUUGCUUGGUUCGAGUUUGGUCUGUCCCAAGUCGCCAAGUUCUUUGAUCCAGGAAUGCUGGAUGUUGCCAACCUUAACUAUGCAAGUCCAGCUACUGUUAUCUUUCAACGACUGUCUGUCAUCAUCACAGAUUUGGUUUUCAUCUAUGCAGCUAAAGAGUACUGUCUGUCUCUCUCAAAAAGGACUGGUCGGAGGGAAUAUGCUCAGUUGCUUGAAAAGCCUCAUUUUCUUUUGGCUGUUCUGUUAGUGUGCAACUUCGGUCUGAUUCUACUGGAUCAUAUUCACUUUCAGUACAACGGCUUCCUGUUUGGACUAAUGCUGCUGUCCAUCACAAGAAUAACGGAGGGCCGUAACCUUGAGGGUGCAUUCUGGUUUGCUGUUCUGCUAAACUUCAAGCACAUUUAUUUGUACGUUGCGCCAGCUUACUUCAUCUACCUUCUGAGGUCUUACUGCUUCACAAGAAGUAAUCCAGAUGGAGGGGUACAGUGGACUAGUUUAUCUCCAUUGAGACUCGUUGGACUAGGAGGAAUUGUUAUAUCUGUGUUUGCUGCUUCGUUUGGACCCUUCAUUGCAAUGGGCCAGUUACCGCAAGUCCUGACGAGACUUUUCCCCUUCAAGCGAGGCCUGUGCCAUUCCUAUUGGGCCCCGAACUUCUGGGCCUUGUACAAUAUGUUGGAUAAAAUGGCCUCUAUGACUGGUGAAAGAUUUAACUUAUUGUCUGAUGAGAGUCUAGAGAAGAGUCAGGCAUCUAUGACUGGUGGACUGGUGCAAGAGUUUCAUCAUAUCUUUCUACCCUCAGUCCCUGCUAUUGCUACCUUAGUACUAACAGCUCUUACAGCAUUACCGUCUUUGCUACAUCUUUGGAGGUAUCCAAGUGGACCAAAGGGAUUUCUGAGAUGCCUGGUUCUAUGUGCCUACAGCUCUUUCAUGUUUGGAUAUCACGUACAUGAAAAAGCCAUCUUGCUUGUUAUCAUACCACUUAGCCUCUUGGCCAUGGAGAGUUUGAAGGAUGCCCAAGUGUUCUUGAUAGGGUCAACAGUUGGCCACUACUCCCUGUUCCCUCUGCUCUUUACACAGAAUGAAACACCAAUAAAAGUGUGUCUUAUGUUAGCCUUCACAAUUUUUACUUUCAUCAGUACAACAAAUAUUCACAGAUACUCUGCCAAGUCUGCCUUCUUGUUGCCACGCCUACCGCAUCUCUCACCGGUAGAGUCCCUGUACCUCCUCGGCCUGGUACCUCUCUUCAUAUACAAGAAUCUCAUCCACGGUAUGGUACCCGCGCUUCAGCGCUAUGAAUUCUUGCCACUGAUGCUAACGUCGGCAUAUUGUGCCCUCGGUGUCAGCUAUGCAUGGUUGAAGUUUAACAUUAUAACUUUGGGUAGGGGAGGUGGGAGAUAAGACCAUUCCAAGUAGAAACUUGAAUAUUGUCAGAAGAAAAUUGUCACAAUAAAUCUUGUAAAACUUAUAUCAAAACUGAUUUGAUGUCAUGGGAUUUAAUAAAAUCAUCUUUUAUUUUUAAGUUUUGUAAUUUGUCAAGCAGCACUAUGACGGCAUAACAAAGAAGGAAAUUUUAUUCUUGGCAAUAAUGCAUAAUUCUUAUGUCACCAGACUUUUAAAUAAGUCUUACAAUGAUGUGUAAGUUUGACCUAUUGAACACCGGUCAGUGCAAACAACACAACAUGGCCAAACAAAAAGUAUUUGUGGUCAUUAAGAACAUGGUGCCGACCCAUCCUAUAACACAAGAUAUGCACUAGUUGAAACAAUCACAAUUUUGUAAGUGUGGACAUCUAGGAGUUCAUGCCUGUUCAUGGACAGCGCGGUUUACGCGUGUGGAAUAAUAAGAGCUCCCUCAAGUUAAAUUGUAGAACUCCAUGGCCGUGAAUAAAGUAGUCACAAUGUAAUAAACUUUACUCAGUCAUUCAAUUACAGAGAUUUGUGGAUCAAACAAUAUUUGAACUCUUUUAUUGCUGAUGUGUAAAUAGAUCAAGUAUUAAUUUCUUUGGUAUACACAAUUUGUUAAGUAAUUAAAAAAAAAUAAACUUUUUCCUUGAAAACUUUAAGACAGAACUGUUUUUUGUUCACAUUAUAAAGCACAGAUAUCAUAGAUUUUCUAAUAUUAAAAAAAAAAAAAAAAUUAUGUAAAAUCUGAUAUUAAAAUCUUCAGCCCUUCACUGAUAUUUUUAGGUCGUAUAAUAGGUCGUAUAAUAUACUUUUUUAAGAAUGUGCGUUUCAACCCUGCAUAGAGAUUUUAAAUAUUUUAUAUACAAGAACAUAUAAGCAUAUAAUUCCCCCUACCCCCCCCC